AUGACUACUUCGAAUCGUAUCGACAGUCCUCCGCUCUCUAUCUCAAAGCCAAGCACUAGACCCAAACAAAAAAAAAAAAUCGCGUCUUGCGCAACGCCGUCGCCAGUAGCCCUAGCGCGCUCGCCAUCCUCCUCCCUAUCCGCAGUCCAGGAGCUCACCCCCUCGCUCCUCUCCUUCAAGAAUCACCGCUCUUUCUUCCUCUCUCCCUUGAUUCUCAACUCCCUCAAUUUCUGCUGCUUGGAUGAUUCCAGAACCAGGCACCACGACUCCGGUCGCGGCAGCUCUCUCGGCCUUGUGGUGGCCGCCGUAGCGUCUGUCGCAGAGGCGGAGGUGGUCGAGGAAGGGGCGGACGAAUCCAAAGAAGGCGCUGCUGUUGCCACCGUUGCCCCGCCCAAGCCUAGGAAAGCGGCUUUGCCACUCAAGAGGGACAGAACGAGGUCGAAGAGAUUCUUGGAAAUUCAGAAACUUAGAGAAAACAAAAAGGAGUAUGACCUGAGUACGGCAAUUUCCUUGCUGAAAGAGACAGCAAGUAGCAAGUUUGUCGAAACUGCUGAAGCCCAUUUCCGGCUGAACAUUGACCCUAAGUACAAUGAUCAACAGCUGAGGGCAACUGUGAACUUACCCAAAGGAACUGGACAGACCGUCAAAGUGGCUGUGCUUACUCAAGGUGAAAAGUUCGAUGAGGCAAAGAAUGCAGGAGCAGAUUUAGUUGGGGGAGAGGACUUGAUAGAACAGAUCAAGGGAGGAUUCAUGGAUUUUGACAAAUUAAUUGCUUCCCCAGAUAUGAUGCCCAAGGUUGCCAGUUUGGGAAAGCUUCUUGGACCACGAGGACUCAUGCCAAAUCCAAAAGCUGGCACAGUGACAACUAACAUACCUCAGCGAAGUGGAAGGCUGAAGGGGAGGUUGAGUACAAGAAACUCUCUGUUGCUCGUCACAGUCAAGCCACCGCGGAUGUUGCAUGGGACAUCUCGGGCAAAAUAUCAGGGGUGACUGGCAAGGACUACUUCGACUUGGCCCUCAUGUCCCAGUAUAUUGACUCCAUGUCAGAUAGAGGCGGAAAUUCAAAAUCCUCGAUGCUAUUCGUUCCGCAAGGUCCUGGAGCCAUGCGAGAGGUGACCGCGAAGAUACACGAUGGUCUUCUUGAAGCGUCCACGUCCAGUGCUAAGUAGUAGUGACAAUUUGACAGUUACAUUUAUGACUCUAGUUUGUAGUUGUAUUUUCUAUGCCUGUUACUAUUUUCUAUGCCACGACUGUACUCCCACACCGCACCGUUUUAACCUCCUCCAUAUGGAGUGCUUUUACUUUCUUAAAGUGCUUUUACUUUCUAGUCACUAUGUGGUAUGAUAACAAUCAAGCAGUUCAGAGCAAGCUUCAUGAUUAUGGUA